CUGCUGGGGGAAGAGAGCAGAAGAGGUGUCGAUCGGGUCCUGGUCCAGGAGGAAAGAGGCCGGACCUCUUCUGGUGGCAGCACCAGGACUUGUCACACGCCGUGGCAAAGAAUUUUCCAAACGGUUCCUUUGUGUCUCUGAGUGGCUAAAAGAAAAUUGGAGGCAAAGAACAGAAGUUGGCGUCUUGGCAAAGCAGUACCUUGAGCGAGGCCUUCUGGUGCCGGACCACGUCAUCACGCGCGUGAUGAUGACGGAGCUGGAGAAGCGGCGAGAGCAGCACUGGCUGCUCGACGGUUUCCCUCGGACGCUGGGGCAAGCCGAGGCGCUGGAUAGGAUCUGUGAGUUGGACCUGGUGAUCAGCUUGAACAUACCCUUCGAGACGCUGAAGGAUCGCCUGAGCGCCCGCUGGAUCCACCCGGCCAGCGGAAGGGUGUACAACAUGGACUUCAACCCCCCCCACGUCCCGGGCGUCGAUGACCUGACGGGCGAGCCGCUGGUCCAGCGUGAGGACGACAAACCUGAGGCCGUUGCUGCCAGGCUCAGAAAAUACAAAGAUGCUGCAAAGCCAGUAAUAGAGUUGUACAAGAGCAGGGGCAUCCUUCACUCCUUCUCGGGGACAGAGACCAACAAGAUCUGGCCGUACGUCUACACCCUGCUGUCCAGCAAGAUCCCACCCGUCCUCUCGGAUGAGGAGAACUAA